UCGAUACGUUCGCUUCACGAGCUACCGUGGUGUCAGAGGACCAUCACUACCAGCACUCACUCAACUGGAUCAAACGGAGACGUUACCGGACAGCCCCGAAGACGCGCACGAGUUACCGUUCGGCUCCGUGGCGGACCCCAAGCGUCUUUCCCAACUUGAAGCCGGUCGGUUCGUCGGUCGGUGCUGGACUACAUCGGUGUAAUCUGUUGGUCAAACUGAGUUAACACUGUUGCUUCGAGUUGUAGCAUUGGUAACGUUAGCAAGCAACGUUCAGCAUCCCAGUUCGGGCUAGGCGAGCGCAGUGUUUACGAUCCCGUUUCUCCAGCUUGUCCGAUUAUCGACACGACGUCAGGUGUCCGGGCUCUCACCGAAGAUGGGUGACAUAAACCCAUCGACAUCGCACGCAUUUCAGUCGGAGGGCUUCAGUCCUCCGUAUAGAAGGAAGAGGACAGUCGAGGAUUUUAACAAAUUUUGCACUUUUGUUUUGGCCUACGCCGGUUACAUCCCGUACCCUCAAGAGGACUCUCCACUGCGCAGCAGCUCCAGCCCUCCCAACAGCACAGGCAGCACCGCUGACAGUGACGGCUGGACCCCCGGACACCCGACCUCCUGCCCCCAGCGCCCGCCGAAGGUCCCCCAGGACCGGAGCAGGAAACGCCCACUGCCGGGACCCACGCUGUCCGGUCACGUCAAGAAAGAACACACAAUCGCCACUCUGCACCCCGAUGAUCGCAGGAAAGCUGACAAACCGAAGAAGAAGAAAAGGAGAAAGGAGAGAGAGCACGACAGUGGCGGCGGUGGCGGCGUGGAGAGCGGGCUCCAGCAGAGCCACCCGGCCACCCCGGAGACGCCGUGCCCCCUCCCCUUCGGCAGCAGGGCCAUCAAAGAGGAGCCUGAGGACGACAUCAGCAUUCCCCUGCACCCCCAGUGCCUGCCCAGUCCCUCCCCCUGCAAGGAGGAGCCCAAGGAGGAGCGUCGCACCUGGGACGGCCGGGACCUGGAGGAGGGGGUGGUGAAGGUGCAGAAGGUGGAGGGCUUUUCAGGGAACCGGACGGUGUUCCGCCAGGGCAAGCAGGUGGUGUUCAGAGACGAAGACGGCUCCGGGGAGGACGAGGACAUCAUGGUCGAUUCAGACGACGACUCGUGGGACCUGGUCACGUGUUUCUGCAUGAAGCCCUUCGCAGGCCGCGCCAUGAUCGAAUGUAACCGCUGCAACACCUGGAUCCACCUGUCCUGCGCCAAGAUCCGCAAGAGCCACGUGCCAGAGACAUAUGUGUGCCAGAGCUGCCGAGACACGCACGGGCCCCCGGACGCCCGCCGCUCCCACCGCUCUCGUAUGGGCCCACGCAAACAUCUGCUGGACUAAAAAAAAAAAAAAAAAAAAACGCCCCCUUCUGCCUUACCCUGAACUCUGCUCCUGCCGCCCCCUCCACCCACUCCCAGGACUCACCCUCUCCUCAGAUUCAGGUCUCGCACCCCUCAGUGUCUGUGCUUCACGGUCAGCCAUGAACUAGUUUUUCUACAAAAAAGAAAAAAAAAAAGUAAGAGAAAACACUUUGAUGGACCUCUCCCGAGCCCUUAUUCCAGCCAACGAACAGUCUGAGUGCUAUUUUCGAUUUCCUACGGUUUGUUUCUGCUUCCUACAGACUCUGUGCGUAAGGCAAUCACUGAAUGGAUGUCCGUCUGUAGAUGACUUCCAGCAGAGCAGCAAACCGCUACUGUUGGGACUUGGCGUCUCAUGAACACUGGAAACGUUUGAACUGCCAUACAGAGAGUGUGUCCUCAUAACUGCCACCCACCGGUGCAUGCUGGGAAAAAUUUGUAGAAAAGACGGUUUGCACUUUCUCUCUUUUUUUUUUCCUUUCUUUUUUUUUUUGUUUUUUAAUGUUUAAAUUCAUGUGACCUCUGCGUCAUCGUGACAGAUAUGUCUUUCUGAUUCAACUGGAUUGGAUUUCUGUAUUAUUGUUACAUAAUUAACAGUAUAAAAGCAGAAAACAAGUUAAGCCUUGUGUUAAUUGCUUCAGACGGUGCUAUAGUAUUAUACCGAGGUGUAAUCACAUAGAACAGAGAUGUACGGUAAGAAACUAGAGUCUGCUUCAUCUGUGGGUUGGUCUGUUUUGUUAUUUAAGACAUUGUGACAGAGUAUCAUUGAUGCUCUUAAGUCUGUACAACUAAAACCAAGCACUUGCUCUCCCCUCUUCUACUUCAUGAGCUGUCUUCCAGCCUCAGCUGUCCAUUCAAAUGAAGAUUUUUUUACUCCGCCAUACGCAGAGCGAUCGCGCUCUGCUUCAUUUCGAAUUUACAACAGUGUUCUUAUCCCACGUUUCCUGAUGAAUUGUUCUCGGACGGUUUUAAGAAGCCAGAUAAUCAACAAAGAGUGUUUUCAGCCGAGGCGUUUCCUCUCGCCAGAACGUUGGCUGCGGUUUCAUGGCUGGGUUCAGCAGUGCUUUUAUUCAGGAGUGUUUUCUGUUUUUCAAACCUCUCCGUUAGCUGUUUUUAACGCUCACGACAAAGACAACAGAGACAAAUCUAUUUAUAUAAGGGAAGUUCUGUGGCCGUCCUGUUGAAGUAUCAACAGAAAAAAUAACGACUGGAAUGUGUUGAUUUUUUUCUUUUCUUUUCUUUUUCUCCGAGAGUCCAGUUGAAUUUAUGCAUGUGAGUGUGUUUUGUUUGCAGAAGGGUGUCGGCGAUGCAUGUGCUGCUAUGAGUUGUUCCAACUAAGAUCUGUGGCUGUAGGUCUUCUGUUAAAUGGAGAAAUGGAUACCUGCAGGGCACCAUGGGCGGGGUCGGUUUGUUUUGUUCGUCUCUGAAGGGUCGGAUCACAGGGAGAGCUCUCGGCCCAUCUAUCACCUCUCACUGACGUUUUCACUGCAGUGUUCAGUUCCACAUGAAGCAGAUUUAUUGGGAAAUGUUUUUUUUUUUUUUUUUUUAAAGUACAUAUUUCCCCUCAAAAGUUGCUCCAGUUUGGAUGAAAGACUUUUUAAGCUUUGUUCUUCAUGUGCCAUCUGCUGCUGGGCUUAUCUGUGUAGACUACAGGUUGUUUCACAUUAUAUAAAAGCCAUACUGUGGAGAGACGUUUGAGACGCAAGGCCUCGGAUCGCGGUCCAGGAUGGUGUUUUUACGAUGCAGAAUCAAAGACUUGAUGAGAGAUCAACCCAUACACGCACUGAAUGUUUUGGUUUGGAAACAACACGAGACUUUAAGGCAGUUGGGCUCAUGUGUACGCUCUCACCUCCUGGUAUCGACAGAUGUUGGUUGACUGUUCGGUACCCAGCAAUCACCAAGGUUGUGAUGUUUUUGUUUUUUUUUAAGACGUUUCGAGACCUAAAGUCAUUUGUUUCUCAGGACGUGCAUGUCUUGGAGAGAACGCGGAGACAUCUUCAGGCACAAAUUCUUAACAUUAGUCUGCGUCUUAAAGACAUUAGUGUAAUUAAUGUUAACAAUGCUCAUUGUGAUACAGCUCGUUUAUUCUGAUCCCGGGUUGUCCUAUCCCCUUACUGAGAAAGCGUUGUCUGUACUGUGGUGCAAACUGUUUCUGUGAAACUAUUGUAAACUAUUGUAAAUAAAGAGUUACCAUUUUA